CAUUGUCACUGCGAAUAUCCUCAUCUUUGGACGCACAGACAAGUUGCCAGAUCCGACACCAUGAACUUUACGCGCAAAAUCGACCGCGCCAUGCAGUGGGCUGGCGAGAAGAUGGGCGCCGAGGCAAAGGCGACUCACACCGAAGAGUUCAAAGAACUCGAGUCUGAAAUGGACAUCAGACAUGAAGGCAUGGAGCGCCUCCUCAAGUCCAUGAACAUCUACACCAGGUGGCUGUCGCGCCAUUGCGACGCCCUCGAGGACAGAAGCCGCAGCAUGCCGCUCGCUCACCUUGGCCGUACCAUGUCUGCUCAUGCGGCAGAAUUGCCGGAUACCGAGUACAGUCGCCGUCUCGCAUCCAUGGGAAAUGCCAACGAGCAGCUCGCCGAGCUUCAGACCACAUAUCUGGACUGUGCCAAUGCCACCUGGCAGACGCAUGUCGAGCAGAACCUGAGCAUGAUGAAGGAAUAUCAGACUGCUCGCAAGAAGCUCGAAAGCCGCCGACUCGCCUACGAUGCCACAAUGGGCAAGAUGCAAAAGGCCAAGAAGGAUGACAUUCGCCUUGAAGAAGAGCUGCGCGUCAACAAAACCAAGUUUGACGAUAGCACCGAAGACGUUUUCCAGCGCAUGCAGGACAUCAGAGAGGCGGAGCAAGACACGAUUAGUGCUCUGACGUCGUUUCUCGAUGCCGAACUGGAAUAUCAUGAGCGAGCUGCCAAUGAGCUGCGCCGAAUUCGAAAGUCCUGGGCAGCGGGC